AUGUGCACUCUGCUAAUUGUAUCACCGUUUAAUAGUUUAUGUCUUACCGACCCUACAGCAGAUGUUCGAGAAGGACACGCCGAGUGCGGUGGUUGUGGCAGGCACAAGGAGCGUGACGCGCGCAGCAGGUUCGGCAAGUGCGACGAGUGUAACGGAUGUAACGAGUUUGACGGGCGCGACGAGUUCGCCGAGCGCGAUGCGUUUGCCGAGCGCGACGAACCCGACGAGCGCGACGAGGGCGGCAAGUGCGAUGAGCGCGGCGGGCAGAGAGCGAGUUCGCGGUGGAUGUGUUGCGGGAACAUUGACGAGAGGCAGACGUGUGAGUUGCACGAACGGAGGGUGCCAAUUGGCGGAGAGGACGAUCGACGUGCGGCCAGUGGAGUAGCGGAGGCGCUACUUUGGGCUACGAGUGCGGCAGCGAGCGGUGCGACGAGUGGGUUCCAGGCGGCGUACGACGUGGAAAGCAAGCAUGCUAACCUCGACGCCCACGCGCGGCAAGAAGUCCGGCAAGAUGAAGCGCGUUACCCGACGGCACCAGAACUCGACGAGCCGCGCGAGCGACGCAUGGAAGCGGAGGAGCAAGCCCGCCAAAAACCAACCCGCGACAUGGUGAGUGAGCACGACGAACGAGGACACGAAGGAGCGGCACCGGUGCCUGCAGAAGAGGUGGCAGCGAUGACCACUGCGCUGCACCAAUUGACGACAGCGAUGACGAGUCUCCAGGCUCAGGUCGCCGAGAACACGCGCAUCCGUGAGCAAUCGUCGCGUACUGGAGCUGAGCGCGUGGACGAACGCGGCGGGCUGGGCGAGCGUCAACUUCCAGCGCGUGCGGCAGUGUUGCCGCCGGAUGUGGAGUCGACGAGCGGUACGUCGCGACGCGUCGAUGUUGUGCAGGAGGCAGCCAGCAGUACUUCGGCGUCUCCCGCGACGACGGAGACGCCGACAGCGACGAACGAGGCGGACGCGACGGCCUCUGGGCUGGCGGCGAUGAUGGUGGCUAUGCAGCAGCUCACUACAAUGGUCGCAAGCCUGCAGCAGCCGACACCAAGCAACGAGACGCAAGGGCGGCAAACUGUGACGCGUGAGCGACAGCGACGCGACGAGAGGACGUGUGCGGCGAGCGAGGACAACGAGGUUGAGCGGUCCUUGCGAGCGGCAGUCGGUGCCUCUGGAGGCGAAGGCGACGGUGCUGACGACGAGUGCGAAAACGAGCGUGUCGGUGACGACGGACAUAUGAACGAGAUUAUGAUGAUGACUGCGGACACGACGGGGUCGGACGAGACGAUAAUGAAGGAUGACUUCCCGUUGGAGAAGCACACUGCGGCGUCGGCCGAUACGGCCAGCAGCAGGAUAGCAAAGACGUGCUUGAGGCUUGUAGAUGACAAGUCGACGAACGAGUCCACGGUGAGCGGAUCGAGCGCGACCAAGGACGGCGACGAGACGAACGCGUCGAGUAGUGAGUCGGGCGAAGACGCCCAUGAGGGCGAUGAAGUCGAUCGGGCACGCGUUGCGCGACGCAAGGUCCGUAAGCGCGCAAAACGAUAA